AUGCAAUAUACAUGUGCAACACAGUUCGGCAGGACUGUUAACAAUGACAUAGGACUCGCGUCUGCAAUCAUCAUAGCACACGAAGUAGCACACACGUGAGUUAACAUGGCAAACUUAUUUUGAAAACACUUUCAUUGCCUCAAAAAAAUCAAUAUCAAAUGACGGCGCUGUUUUGAAGCUUUUAGAGAUUCAGUGGCAGCAUUCAAGUAUUUCAUUGAGGUAAAAAUAACAUUAUAAUUUUUAUUGUUUCUGUGUCCUGAUGUGGACAAAAUAGUAAACUUUUCUCAAAUGUAGGUUAAUAUAAUAAUAAUAAUAAUAAUAAUAAUAAUAAUAAUAAUAAUAAUAAUAAUAAUAAUAAAAUUGUUUACAAAUUAAAAACUAAAUAUGUCCACAAUAGAAAAACUAUUUACAAUUGUGAGUAAUUUAAAAGUGGGAAAAGGAAUAUUAAGCAUUACUAAGAAAAAAAAACUAUCAAAAAUCUAAAAUCUAUCAAAAAUCGAAUAAUAAUAAUAAUAAUAAUAAUAAUAAUAAACUGUUUAUUAAUCACCAUUGCAGUUAAAAAUACUGAAUUACAGGGAUAAAAUACAAGCUUCGAAAAUUUACGCUAUUUAACAAUACUAUACAUCAUAUACCACUACACACUAGCACUUACAUACUGUACGCUUGAUUGAAGCCAAUAAAUGAGCCAGAACGCUUCGCACGGCACAUGUCCCUGUUGUUACAUACCUUGGUACUACUAGUCGUCAUUGUCCUGAGGUUGUAGUCAUGAGUGUGACCUCUGCUACUUGGUAGUAAAAAGUGAUUUGGGUGACUAAUAUUGUGUAACUUCUGUAUGUAGGUUUGGAGUUGGACAUGAUGGUGGUCAGUGUGAUAAUGGAGAGUAUAUCAUGUCUAGUGCUGUUAGUGACGGAGAAAACGCAUUCAAAUGGUCAACAUGCAGCCGUGACCGUAUUCAGGAAUUUCUCACGUUAGUAUUGUCGUUACUCCGAGUAGUAUAGUAGGGAAGUUUUAGGUCCUAUCAGUGGAAGAAUCUCAUUUAGGUGCGGCCAGACAAGUAAGCUUUGAGGAUGUUGAUGGAAUGGAGGAGAAAGAGGAGGAAGUGCGGGUGAAUCAAAUUCAGAAAGGACUUCACCUUUCUCACUAGGAAAGCUCCCUUAUUGUGGAGGGGGGCGUAGGAAGAUGUUAGGAAGAUUGAGAGGCGAAGAAGGGGAGAGCACAGAAUUUUCUCGAUUCAAUUUAGUAUAAAUUACUCUGCUAUAUGAACGAAAAUUUGUUAUGGCUGAAACGUGAACAACCGUGAAAAGUCUUUGCAAAGUCUGAAUACGUACUUCUUACGUCUUCAAAACCUAGGAAAACUCCGUUGUUAUUCAAAACGUGCCAGGCUUCAACAUUAUUCCAAAAUCAUUAUUCCUGUUUUGCAAAUGUCGCACCAAAGGAGAAUUUUGCUUGCCACCCACUUACACAGGGUAUUCACUAAAAGAAAAAAUAUAUAUUUAAAAUGUCAAAUUUUGUCCAAUGUUAUUUUUCCAGGGGAUCUGGGUCGUCGUGUUUGGAUGAUAACCCAAGUGACUUUAUGCACGAGCCAAGCAUAUUUCACAACAAAUUACCAGGACAGAUAAUGAAUGGAAGUCUGCAAUGCCAGCUACAAUAUGGUGCAGAUCACUACCAGUGUCCACAGAGAAUAGUGAGGCCAUACUUAGUUCUUUUAUCUUAUGUAUACAGUACAAGUGGAAAUUACAAACCAUAUAUUUGAGUGUAGUAAGACCGUACCAAUUGCAUUAUAUUAUUGCUUGUUCCAAUCUACUAAAACCAAUCCAACUUCAAAGAAAGUAUUUAGGCUAUGUUCACGCUAUGCCGCGGGAUCCCGCGAGAUAGCUCUUGUGCCGACACGAAAACCUAAACGGAUAGAGAUCCCAUCCACGUUUAAGAAAAGUGAUUUUGACGCUGUUUCUGUAACGUAGUGAAGUUGCGCCGCACCGAUCUCGAAAGUAGAGCGACACAUACCGGUUUGGGUCUUUGCCACACCUUGGUGCAGUAUGAACAGGGAUUCGGACCCGACAGGAAGUGAAUAGGUAAGAGUGAGGACUAGAAUCCACUGGAACGGAAGUAAAAUUUCAGUAGCGAGGACUGGAAUUUAGAUCACCAAACUUCUCUCGGCCAACCACUCCAGCACGAUCUUCGAUCUGUGUGAAACACAGGUGGAGCGAAACGCGGCAAAUCAAGUUACUUCUUUUGGAUCGCGCUGAACGUACAAUUAGUAGUAACAGUCCCCCUGACACAAUUAAAAGCAGUGGCUGUAAUUUAUGUAAAGUAGAUUGAAAGGAUGUAUUUUGAUCUGGGGGCGGGGGGAGCGGAUUUCAAGUAAAGGGAUGAUCGAAGGUUUUUUUUGUGUUUGAGAUUUUCGAUUUCGGGAUUUUUGGGGUAGGAAAAUUUUGGCAAGUAUUUUCUUGGUAGCUUGAUUUAAAUAGGGAUUUUUGGGGGGUAUUCGAAACUGAUGUUUCUAUUUUUGUGUAAAAUCAUUUAAUGCUUUCUGGAAAAUUUAAUGGCUCGGAAAUUCGGCACGGGAUUUUUGGCGUUUUGUGUGAAGCCCAAUGUAUUUUUUUGGGUUUCGAUUUCUGCCCCCAUUUGAUCAUCCCCGUUACUUGAAAUCCGGAGUACCUACUGGGAUUUUGAGGGAGUCACCACCCCCACGUCCACACCUCAUUCUGGCUCAGUCAAUACGUUUAUAGUUUAUCGCUGGGUUAUAUCCGUUUCUUAGGCGGACUGUGGAGCCUUAUACUGUACCAAAGACGGCUACGCAUGUGUUAGUUUCCAAGCACCUCCUGUUGACGGUACUCGCUGUGGAGAUCGACAUGUGAGUGACAUAUUCAUUAACGCUAAUAAAACUACCUUUUGAUAGUAUGAAAGUAGUGUAGUAUAGUAUGAUAAGAAUUUAGCCGCCAUGGUUUUGCCUAGGUAGGUAGAGUGAGAUCUCUUUGUAAGUUCGUAAUAUCAAAAUAACUGGGAGACGGUAAAAUGAAUGCAGACUGAGACUGAAGAAAGCAAUAAACACGCACCAUAAACCUGUGCUUGCCAAAAGCUCUGAGUUUGCCUCGAAAAAUCACGCCUUUUUAGCCACAUAGGUUAAUGAACCGAGAAAAGAAUUUACUUAAUUUGUGGAAAAUUCAUCAAGUCUGUUAAAAUCAUCUCGUGCAUUCAAUUUAAUUUGUCAGCUCGACUUUGAGUCCUUCACGUUCACUUUCUGUUGACCUGUAAACCUCGCUGUUUAAACUGUGUAGAAGAUUGCCCUUGUAUUCCUUAUCCAAAGAUUUAGCCAUUAUCCCUUAACCCAGCCCUAACCCAUUCCGUAGUUCUUUUUUGGAGAUUAGUGGCCUUUCCAAAAUGCGACAAUUUUAUAAUAACGAAAUAGUAUUUCUUUCAAAAUCAACCCAUCCACUUUCUGUCUGAGCGCAGGCUUUACUGACAACGUUGAGUAAUUUUAGUGGUGCAUCAAAGGCGAAUGUGUGGAUGAUGGGUCUCCGAUGAUUGAUGGAGGAUGGAGUGAUUGGCAGGAUACUCACUCGUGCACACGGUCAUGUGGUGGUGGUGUACGAUGGAAAACAAGAACGUGUUCCAACCCAGUGUAAGGAACAUUUUCCAGUUUUUAUUUUUGUUAUAAGGGUACUGACCCUCCAAAAGCGCACGAGCACAAUUCCUCCAGUAAAAACGACUUAACCAAAUGGCGACAAAAACAUCUUGGAAAUCUCAUUUAAUAUAUUUCUGAGUUUUACGCCAGAGAGCAUAAACGAUGGUCAUUCUGAUCAUCAGAAACAUAAACCAUUUGCAGCAUUCCAAUAUUUAUUUUUAUAGUUAACAUUACUGCUGUGCUUGAUCUUGUCACACAGCCCACAGAAUGGAGGGGAAAAAUGCGAAGGAUCAGCCAAGGGAAUGUGGACAAUGUGCAAUACUCAGGUAAAAUUAUUAUGUUUGAUUAAAAGCAACACGACAUAAUUCAAGUGUUUCUUCAUACAUUUUGAUACGGGUUGUACGUGGGACCUUAGCGAUGAUGAUAACUGAAAAUGAGUUUAGUCAUCAUGAUACUGAUGGAUUCGCCCUCGGCCCUCUCCUCCAAUAAACGUGGAUCCCAGCUGACCCUGAAUUAACAGGAAAAGGCCGAAAGAUGCAAGUGAUUAAUUUGAUGAAUCGUAGAAUAAAUCUGAAAACUUACAAUUUACUUCAACCACAAGUAUCGUCUAUUCAUUGAUUUACUUCCUGUUUAACAUUCUUACUGUGGUUAGUGAAACAAAUCUCAUGUUUUUCCCAGCCGUGCCCUCCAGGAUCCACCGACUAUCGCCUUCUUCAAUGCCGAGCUCUUCAACCGACGACUGCCGUGCAGUGGGAGGCUGGUAAAGUACACAGGCUUUUUCUUAUUCUUUGAGAAUAACAACUGCGUUGCGGUUAUUUUUAACUUUUUUUUCCACCUCUAACACGAAACGAAAUUAUUGGUGUCGUUCUAUUAUACAGUCGACUCCCGUUAUUGCGGACACCCUUAAUAGCGAGACAACGAGCAUUCCUUUGUAGUUUCGACAAUUCUUUACCUCUUUUAACUAUGGACCAUAAAAGAUUAAAGAUAAUAAGAUUGUAAAAAGAUCUAAAUAUGCUGUAUAGUCACUUCCAAGCUCCUGCAAUGACAAGGGAUACAUAAGAAAGGGCUUAAAAAACCAAACGGAAACACCUCCAGUAACGUGAAUGGCUAAAAUGUUAACUUGCUGCCAAAUAUAAUCAUGUUUUUAUUGUUCUUGGCAGCUCUUUUAUCGCAGAAAUGCUGCACAGUAUACUCAUAACAGAAACCUGUCUAACGACUUUUGCAGUAGAGUGUUAAAGUAACGCAAAAUGUUUGUAAGCUCCAAUGGCAAUCUCUUUUCUCCCUAAAAUACUGUUCAGCAGUCAUUUUUUUACCUUUUUACAAAGAAGCGCUCGAUAGUACUUAGUGUCAUUUUUCCUUUAUUGUAAUAUCGCUUUAUUCUUUAUAUUAUGCGAGUCAGGGUUUUUGACGAAGUACUCAUAAGUGUCCGCUAUAGCGAGAGAAAAAACAAGUGAAAUAUCGCGCUUGGGGGGGCAGGAAAGUGUCCACAUUUCCGUAAUAGUGGGAGUUUGUUUCAGUCAUUUCUUUAUGCGUUUCGCCGGGGAGGGGGGCUGGCUCUUGUCCGCAUUAGCGGGGUGUCCGUAAUAGCGAGGUGUCCGCAAGGCGAGAGUCGACUGUACAUUGUGCAGUAGGAUAAUGUAGGGAAAGUUGUGUACUGUCUAUCCAUUAAACUAAUGACAAGAGAUGAGGCUAAGGAUAUCCGUGGAGAACACAACGACCCCAAAACGGCAAAGUAGUCAAAUAAACUCUGAGGUUGAGUUACAAAGAGUAAGACGUGGAGUACUGAAAAAAUAGAUUAUGUUUUUGUCGUGUCGACUUAUUCACACACAUAAUAUAUAUGCUUUUUGCAGUAUAGUAUGAGAUUCUUCCGCAUUUUAUUCAUGAGAUAGGCUCAUAAGACUAUGAAAAUAUCCGAAUAAAACACAUCCUAAAGGCCUAAAACGUCCUUACUAUACUACUUUAAUUUGUGCUAACUCUAGGUUUGUAUCACUGUACGCGCGGCUUUGGUGCGAGUAUGAGGUUUUGUUAUUAGUAAUAAAGCAGUGACAAGCUGUGAAGGGAGCCUUUAAAUUUAGAGAAUUCGGUGUAAAUUUUCCUCCUUAGAUCCAUGCAUAUUGUCGUGUCGACGUGGAAGUAAAGUCAGAAUAUGGGGCAGAGUUAAGGACGGUACAGCUUGUGGCAGCAACUCAAAAGUCCACGAUGUCUGCAUCGAAGGGAUUUGCAAGGUUAGUAUUCAUCCUUUAGUCAGGUCAUUACAAAUCGAUAGUACACUUUGGCAGAAACCUCCGCUUUUUUAGGAAGCAAGUUAUAUAUCAAACUCAUCGGAAAUAUUCUUUUCACUAUGAUGUCAUAUUGUACCUGCAGAAUUAAAACAAGAGAACUGAAAACCAGGAAUUGGUAGUGAACAAAACUAGUAUUUUAAAGGGCAGUCAAUAAAGUGUAUUUUCUAAAAGCUUUCUCAGAAUAUUUUCAAUUCAUUUAUUAGUUUAUUCUAAUAUUAUUGGUUAUGUUGUUAGUAAGGAAAUGUUAAAUAUACGUGUCUUAUAAUGUAAGAUGUGUACACUUCAUUCCAGAUAUGUUAAGCGUAUUAGAGAGGACUAAGUUAAGUUGAACCUUCCGUAAGCGAGCACUCGUCGCAAAUGGGGGUCUCUUUCUUCCUUAUUUAUUUUUAUUUAUUUAUUGAGGCAACCAAAGUCGCGUGUCGAAUCGAAAAUACUUUCUCAAAACCAAACCAUGGUCACUUUAUAAAUCGAUUCCAGAUUUAUUUCUACAAGCAUUAUGAAUACUUUACAUAAUUUUCUUUCAAUUUAGCCUGUUGGCUGUGAUCAUAAGCUAGAUUCAGGAGUCAAAUAUGACCGUUGUGCAGUUUGUGGAGGAGACAGUUCUACUUGUACCUAUGUCAGCUCUAACUACACUAAGAACUGGUUCAGAUGGGGUAAGAAUUGGUAGAGCAUUAGUUACCUGGUUACCGAGAAAAUAUACGGUUUGUUUUAUCUUCUCUCUGGAAUGAGACGCUAUAAAAUGUUACUAUGCAAAACGUCUUGUUAUAACUGUCACAUGCCGAAUAGAAUUGCAACACUUUUCAUUAGUCUGCCUGAAUAGGGCUGAGAUCAUUCAAACCUUUCUGAUGUGCACCCGAGAGGAGAGGAAGUAACUAAGGUACCUUACCACGUUGAAAACGGAGGCCGAAAGGGAAGUAUUUUAUCUUUAAAAGUGAAUUGGAUAAUAAUUAUUGUAUGACAUUUUCUGAUAAGAGAGUACUUACGCAGCAGUUUUUGAACCCACUGACAGGUUUUUUUUGACUGAAUUGUAUAUGACGUAUCCUUUUAGAAGAGUAGUCACGCACCAGUUUUUGAACUCACAUACAGGUUUAUUCCGUACACUGUAAACUGCUCUCUGUAUACUUUUAAACACUGUGGACUCCGAGACUGCGACAGAGUAAAAAAAAAAAGGUAACUUAUUCCGCUCUAUCUUGAUGGUUGUUAAUUUUUCUUCAAUGCCGCGCAGUCGCUUAUACACUUAAAAAAUGUUCUCGGGGGAGUUAAGUUGAUAAUUAAUUGGGCGGAAUGCAAAACAGAAAGUUUUCAAAAGAAAGUACAUAUUACGACCAGGAUUUUAUGGCCCAACGGUGGUCGUAUUAACGGGGUUCCACUGUAGCCCGUAAAUUGUAUUAUUAAUGAUCAUUUGGCUGAUUUUUAUUUCUAAGGACCAAACGAUCCAGAUAAAAUUGUCACCGUCCCAAUCGGUUCAACAAAUGUUUUUGCCCAGAUGAGGCAUAAUACUAGAAACAUGUUAGGUAAGUAUUCUGACUGACUAGUGAGUGUAAUAACGGUUUUUUGGACAAUAUAUGUACAUGACGACUCUUCACUUGUCCAUUAACCUUAGACUAACCUACUUUACAGCGAAAUAAAAAAUAUGAAAUAACAAAAUUAUCUAAAACACUGUUAUCGCUAUUAAAAACUAUCAUGACGAAGACUCGCUAUCCAAAUAUCAAUUCAACCGAAUGCUUUAGUGUAAGGUUCAUGUAAAAUGGAACUUUUUUUAACAAAGAUGUUUGAAGCAAUAUCAACACAAAUCGAAACAACUUCAUGAACGAUGUUUUCCACUCUUGUUUUUACUUUUGUUCAGCUGUAAACUACUGUUGAAAAAAUCUAUCUUUAGACACAAAAAAAAUAUAAGGAACGAGUCACAGGUAAGCGACGUGUUCACUGCUGUCGGCUUCGCCUCUUGUGGCGACGCUGUUCGCUCUGGGCCAGCAAAAGAGUUUGUUCGCCCACUAAUCGGCGGAGACCAAGCAAAAGAAUUCUCGCGAAAAGGGAGGUAAACAUUUUCAAACAAAACGAUUGCUCGACAUCUUGAAAUCUUUACAAAACCUCAUCACUUUAUUGAAGUUUAUAGAUGUAUUGCAUUUUUCUAGGAGUUGAAGACUACAGCGAUCGAUGGGUAUACAAGGUGGGAUAUACAUGGAGUACUACAGUGAAAGCCGCGGGAACACAAGUGGCUUACGAUCACGAGUACUACGUGUGGAAAGAUAAGGUGGAAAUUCCUGGACCCACCAAAAAAGUUCUAAAACUCAUGGUGAGUGCAAGCCUUGUCUUUCCUUUAGUUAAAGGAGACUCUGGAUUGUAUUAGAGGCUACGUUUUAAUGGUCACAUAUCGCAAGUGCUCGGAAGCCUGUGAAAACAUGCUUUUGACAGGUAGAUUACUGUAUCCAAUGCGCUCACUUCGUUCUUUCAAGACACAUUUUUUCAGGUUAUUGAUAUUAAUAUUCAUUAAGCGUGGUUUCUGUCAAAUAACACUUUAAAGUGUUAUUUGGUCUUAAAAGAGCUACAAAAACAUUAUGCGUAUUACGACCUUACAGGGAACCUUUUUUUUGCUCCUUUCUAAUGUAGUUUGUUCAUAUCGGUGGCAGUAACCCUGGAGUAGACUUUCACUUCAUGUCACCGCAGAAAAGUAUAGUAUCUCCUGACCAGGUCAAAUGGAAGGUGGAAGACUGGGGAGACUGUUCUGAAGACUGCGCUGGAGGUACGAUAAUAAAAUAGUUGUACUUCCCUGGAGAAUUAUCACAUGUUCAUGCUGAGGGAAGCAAGGAAAUGCCAAAUUAUCAUAACUUACUGCUAGAAAAAAAAUUGCCAAAAGUCGAUUUAUAAAGCGAGGAACGUGGUCCGAACCUAUUUAUAUGCGUAUUAGUUAAGUUUUUGAAUCGCGUUUUCAAGAAGGAACGAUUUAACCGAUUUAAAAUAGGGACAAACAAAGUAAGUUUGAUGAACAGAAGUUCUUUAAUCUCAGCCCGUAUUCAGCAUAAAGUUGUUCUUCUUGUAGUGCUAAGUGUAUGCGCCGUAGGUUUUUGAAUACUCAGUUUCUUGCAAUUAAACUUUGGGUAGGAAUAUCCUUUCAGUUAGCUGGAGGUAGUCCGUCGGUAAUCUUUUCUCUAUUUGUGCGUCAACUUUCACAAAUGUGUUAGCGUAGCAUUUUAAGGUUAAAUUGACCAAGAUAUUGUGGAGCGAGUUGUAUGGUCACGAUUGACUUCGAACUUGUAGAUAUAAAACUAGAGAGCUCUGAGGCCUAUCUGCUGAAGUAAGGGAAAAUCUGUCGUAGGAUUUUGAAGUUAUUUACAUUUUUUCCUAAAAAUGCGGUUUUAAAUUUAUGCCAAUAUCUCAAACGUUUUUAUACCUAAAAGAAAAUUAACAAUAUUUCCUUAAAGUUCCACCAUUUUUGUUAAGGAUGCCAAAAAUCAUAGAUAUCGUUAGAUCAUUCCUGCUGAAAAACGCGAUUCAAAAACAUAACCAACACGCAUGUAAAUAGGUUCAAGCCACCUUAAAAGUGAUUUUAAUAAUGGCCUUCUUCGGCGACAUGUUGCAGGUUACCAGCAGAGACUGGUGGAGUGUGUGCGCAAAGACGACGAAAGUUACGUAAACGACAAAAUGUGCCUGAAGACAAAAACUAAACCGCUGAAGACAAGAGCCUGCAAUACACAACCUUGUGCAGCUGAGUAAGUAUGGGCAUUUCCUUAAUUAGCAAAUCAAAACUGUUAGCGGUCGUGGCCACUAAAGCCUCAGUCUAUUCUAGGAACCUCUUUAACUCAUCCUUCGUGAGUCACUCUUGCGGACUGAGGAUGUGGCCCGUUCUCAAACUUUCCUCAUGACUGAUUCUCAAUCUUGAAUUAUUUAUGUUUGAAAACGUUUUUUGAAAAUCAUGUGAACGUACGCGUCACCCACAAGAAAAAAAUGUAUAACUUAUUGGACAUGAUGUGUGCCCGGUCCUGGCCACUUACUGUAUACAAAGUGCACGUGUACCAUUUCUAGUAAUGUUUCGGCUGGUAUAUAGUACUCACACUGGUCCAACAGGGUUAUUUCUGGAUGCAAUAGUUAAAAGUCAGUUUUGGGGAGGCAUCGCAGCGGAAUGUUCAAGCCACACUUGCGGCUGUGUUGGUCGCAUCAGUGACGCAUUUUUUUCCAAACCCUGACAACACAAUCAGGUGUUAUUUACUAUCAACACUUGAGUUAAUUUUGUCCUCAAAACAUUCUUACUACCUAUUUUGUUGCCUUUAAUUGGCCAUUUCCGAGUUCCAAAAACCCUCCCUUUCAAAACGAGGCAAAGUGCAAAGUGUUUCCUGUCAAAGAGUUUCAUUUGCCUGAGAAUUAAUAAUCAUUUCAUAUCACUUAGCCUCGCUUUGAAACAGAGGCUUAAGGUCACUCAGAAAUGGUCUAUUGCAUUGUCAAUAUACAGCAAUACAAAGAGUACAACGAACAUAGUUAUUCCAUAUCAUUAUUAUCUCGGUUUUCCAUAGUAACCACCAUAGUAACUGUUUGUUUUUUGUGUUGAUUAUAUCAAAACCAUGAAGGUGGUACAAAUCUGGCUGGAGACCCUGUUCAAAGACAUGUGGUAGAGGAAUUCAGCUGAGAAAGAUUGUUUGUAGGCGAAAGGUUACUCAGAAUCUCCAUGAAACGGUCAAAGAUUCAUUGUGCGUUGAGGAAAAACAAACAGGAAUUCUACAACAAGAAUGCAAUAAAGUGCCUUGCCCGGCUGAGUGGAAACAUAUGUCUUGGAGUGAGGUAGGUGUACGGCAAUUUGCCAGUCUGAACAAAAUUGCCCAGCUGCGCGCGUGAGAUUAAUUGGAACUUGAUAUUUUAUGAGAUGUCUUUCACAUCAACAAUCCUUUGCCUGGAUAAGGGUCAACCCAAUGUAGAGCAAGAUCAACUGUUAACUGCCCCGCGAUAGCCGCCCAAAGAUCGAAGAAUCGACUUUUUGAGCUACAAGACUCAGCCCUCCUUGUGCUUUCUGUGUAGUUAUAUGUAUGGUACACUUGCUUUCAUUUUUAUUCUGCGUUUUACCUUGAUCUCAGUGCUCUCGGUCAUGUGAAGGAGGUACCAGGACUCGCAGUUUGAAAUGUAUGAAGCUAAAUGCCAAUGGAAUGCUGGUAUCUGUGUCCGAUAUCCAAUGUGAGCACGCAGUCAAGCCAAACACAAUUGAGGAAUGCAAUACAGACGUUCUCUGUCCCCGUAAGUGUUCACAACAGAUUUCAUUUCCGGUUUUACAUUGCACCGAUUUAAGGUAAAAAAGGUAUAAAGGCGUACUGUUGCCUUGAUGAGGAAGUCUCUAUUUAACUGAUAACACCUCUUUGGUACUUGUUACUGACAACAGUGAAGCUAUCCCCUGCAAGUUCAGCUACAAUUGGCACAGUAUAUACAAUGGAAAAUUCUCACGGUCAGCUGACCCAAACAUGUCUUCAAUUUGACUAUUUCAUUCGCUGGUGAUUGGCUUGUUAGUUAGAACUUAAAAGACAGAAGAAGUAGAAGAAGCCACAGUAAAGAAGAGUAAACAGGAAGAAUAAAGCCAUCGAGUCUCGUUACUUCUCGUUCAAUUGCUUAAGGAGGCAUUAGGUCUCCUACUUGCGCCCAACACAAUAUCUACACUACACAAUCGAUGGUAUCUGACGUCGUAAUUGAAAACAAUGGAACAUAUUUAGUAAAAAAUUCUGCUACCCUCCCCUUUUUCUUAAUCGAAGCAUUGAUCCCUUAAAUUGUUGCCGUGUGGGUCUGUAAGUUUUUCAGUUUUCCUAAUGAUCUAUUCAACCCAGGAGUAGGAAGGCAGCCAGAAAUACCUAUGGAAACUGGACAAGACAAUUCUAAUAAACCUAAUUUAUCUUAUAGACUCGAUAGUAGGCUCCGAUGGGAAACAUUUCGUCGCCCUGGGCUGCUACAGGGACAGUUCACACUUCCGUGCCUUGCCCGAGUUGGUGGCAAAUUUACGUAAGAAAAUAGACUGGAGGAAAAUGGAAAAAACUGUUGAGGACUGCGCACACAAAGUGGUGCUAAAGAACUCUACAUACAAGGUGAAUUACCUAGUUGGUUACCUAAACUGAGGAUCGGUUCCAAGGGGCCCGGAUAAGGUGAUUUGCGGAAAAGGCGAAGAACUUUAUUCUUUCUUUCUUUAUGUAUAGUUGCUAGAUCACCGCUAAAUGAUCAUUGAAAUGAGCUAAAAUAAUGAUCAUUUUUUUAUAACUAGAGUUAUUUAAGGCUCGUUUGAAAUGAGACAUUAGUAGUAGGGAGGGGUUACUUUGGACCCCUUUUAGACAAGGUUGGACGUACUAAUCUAGAAACGUUUUGGGCUUACUUUUGAAGCAAUAUAUCUUUUGAUAAAAUAGUAAUGUUUUGCGUCUCUUAUUGCGAUGAAAUCUCCUAUACUCACGAUGCAAUACGCUAUCGUCGAUGACCUUAGACAAAAGGGGAGUUUUAAGGUAAAUAAAAGAGAAAUGUGUCUGCACAUCAACAGUGACAUACCUAUUGGUGCACUCUUUGUCCAUGACUUUGUGACUUCAUGAACAUUAAUAUACUCCACUAACUGCAAAUUAUUAAGAUCGGAACGUCUGAUGGAGGUUUCAAACUGGUAAUUCUCCUAAGCAUCAGUUAAUCCGGGGGCGGAUUCAGGAUUUUUCUUAGGAGGGGGUGUGGGCACCACUAAGGUACAGCGUAACUGACUGGUGACGAAAACAAAUUUUCAUACAGAAUACCAGUUGUAUUAGUAAGCCGCAGGUCAUCUCAGGGGGGAGGGGGUGCCCACCCCCUGCACCUCUCCCCCUAGAUCCGCCCCUGUAAUCGUGACCACAGCUUACUACGCUUGGGACAAAAAGAAAAUCUUAUGCCUCGGUGAAGACUAAUUGUUGGGGGUCGUUAUUAAAGGUAAUUGACGUAGGAAAAGGGCUUAAUUUUAUUCACCUGUCACUGCUUGAUAUUGUUAGGUAUUCGGAAUCCAGUUCUACGGCGAGUGUUGGUCAGGAGAUGAAGGAGACAAGACUUACAGUGAAUACGGUACCUCACCGAACUGCUGGAAAGGCGUGGGCGGCUCAACCGCUAAUUUUGUCUACGCGUUUGUUGAUGAUAAUAAGGUGAAUACUACACACAUUGCAAUAGAAGGCAUCUAA